CUGAGAUGAAAGUUCUCAUUGUACUGUAGUUAGUCAGUAGUAGUUAACAGCCUGUUUUAAUAUUAUCGACUUGACACAAGAUUUUAUCAUUAACUCUAAGACUAAGACUAGACACACAUGUAUGUAAUAUAAUGUGUUGAUGAAAUGGACGUCAAACGGAUGAAGGGUCUUUUGUCACGGACGACAAGAGAUUUGAUCAGUGUAUCAGUGUUUGUCUGUAUGUGUGUGAACGCAGUCAUCCAGAAACCAUCUCAGCACUUUCAGACGAGUGUGCCUGGCACAGGGGUGCAGGCAGACAUUCACAGACAGAACAACUCUGUACCCUCUGUGCCUCUUAGCCUCGUGGUGGAGAGUUUGUCAGGCGAGAGUAUCGAGGUCACCUGGUCACCCCCUGAAGAACCAGCGGGGAUCAUCAUUGGCUACAACCUCAACCUCACAGACCAAUCGCGUACCAUCAGCUCCACAGUCGGAGCCAAUGAAUUCAGUGCUUCCUUCUUCCCAACUAUAGCUAACACGACAUACAGGAUCGCCGUGGCAGCGGUGAACAGGAAGGGCCAGGGGCCGGCGGCGACAGGCAACUUCACCACACCUCCCAGAGAAGAGCCGAGCGGAGGGUAUUGGGUGUUCCUGUCCAGGAUGAGGUCGCUCAGGAGGAAGGAGAUCUCUGCUGGGAUCCUGGAAGAGGCCCUCUGCCUCCCUGAAGAUCUGAUCCAGGACAACAUCACUGGGGUGUCGGUACAUCCCAGCGCCAGCCAGGUGUACUUCUCAGCAGGGCUGCACAUUUGGGUCAAAGGAGAUAAGAAUCUAACGGACCCCUCUGAUCUGGUGCUGUUCCACUCCGCUCCUCUAGGGGUCACUGCUCUGUCUGUGGACUGGCUCUACAGACGGCUCUUCUUCAUCUCUGAUGGAAAGGUGUUUCAGUGUGGUCUGGAGAACUGCCCUGACCCCCAGGAGGUUCCCCUGCCUCUCCCCGACCCUCCCUAUAGGAUCGUUGCAGAUCCGUACAAUGGGUACCUGUUCCUCCUGCUGCCUGAUGGGAUACAUCGCUCCAUCCUCCCAGACCCCUCGCAGGGUCAGACCUUCGUCCUGACGCCAGUAGUGUCCCGCCCCGCCCUGCUCGACCUGGCGGUCAGCUUUGCGAACAAGAGGGUUGUGUUCUUUGACCAGGUCAGCCGGACCAUCUCCGCCACCUUCCUGGAUGGAUCGGAUCACGUGACCCUCCGUCCGGAUAUAGGCUCCUUGCGCUCCGUCCAGAGCCUGGCCUAUGAGAAGGAUCUCUUUGUGCUGACCAAUGGGAGGGUGGUGUACCAGGAAGUGAAACAGGGGAAUGUCUUUAAUGAGUUCCUGGUGGACUGUGACAUCUUGGAGCCCAGCCAGUUGGGGUUUGAUAACGUCCGAGUGUCCAGCUCCUCCUCCCAGCCACACCCCGUCCCCCUGAGCCCCCGGACUCUGGAGGUGGUGUUUGGAGCUGACAUGGCCUCCGUGAGAUGGGAAAUACCUGCACUGAGGAUGGGAGCCAGUCCGUCGUCUUGGCAGAAGUGGACGUACUCGGUGAGGAUCUCUUGUCUCAACAGGUCUGAGGCACUGACCCAGUACAACCUGACCAACACUCAUCACACAUUUAACGGGCUGCGGGGUAACCAUGGAUACGUGGUGACGGUGUGGGCGGAGUCUCCAGGUGGAAGCUCCGCCUCUGUGCGGUCCGAGGGAUCCACGCUCACGCUUGAGGACCACAUAUACAGUCCCUUGGUCAUUGGUGUGAGUACAGUGAUGGGUAUAAUCUUCAUUGCUAUGAUUGUUGCUGUAGUUGUUUGGUGUCGGCGGCCGAGGCAGAGGGUUCUGGAGGGAAUCACGGUGGUGCUUCCCCCUGACAAGGAGCUGGAGGUCAUCAGAGGAUUGGUGGGACUCGCCAACGCCUGCUACGCUGUCAGCCCCCUACCUAUCCACAGCUACACAUCCACCUUACCUCUGUUCCCCCGCGAGAGCCUAAAGCUGCAAAGGCUUCUGGGUAGCGGGGCCUUUGGGGAGGUGUAUGAAGGCAUGAUUGUAGGUCAGCCCAUCCAGGAAGUCAUACCCCAAAAUAGAGUAGCUGUGAAGACUCUGAGAAAAGAAGCGACAGAGAGUGAAAAAGCUGAAUUUCUGAAAGAAGCUCACAUAAUGAGCCAGUUCCAGCACCCCAACAUUGUGCGUCUGCUGGGGGUGUGUGUCCAGAACGAACCCCAGUUCCUGAUUCUGGAGCUGAUGCCAGGAGGAGACCUACGAUCCUACCUCAUGAAGGCUCGUCCGUCCGCGAGUCGCGGCUCGUUGCUCAGUGCAGACCAGCGGCUGGACAUCUGCUGGGACACCUGUCAAGGCUGUGCCUACCUGGAGAAGAUGCACUUUGUCCACAGAGAUAUAGCAGCCAGGAACUGCCUGGUGUCUGUGCGUGGCUACAACGACUCUGAAAGGAUGGUAAAGAUUGGAGACUUCGGAUUGGCUCGGGAUGUAUACAAAAAUGACUACUACAGGAAGAGGGGCGAGGGCCUACUUCCUGUACGCUGGAUGUCUCCUGAAAGUCUGUCGGACGGAGUCUUCAACAAACACACAGACGUCUGGUCGUUCGGGGUGCUCCUCUGGGAGAUAACAACCCUGGGACAGCAACCCUAUCCCGCCCUGUCUAACCUGGAGGUCAUGCACCACAUCAACUCUGGAAAGAGACUGUCCAAGCCUGCAGACUGCCUUCCCGCCCUCUAUGAUCUGAUGCUUCGGUGUUGGAGUUCUGUGCCCGGUGAACGGCCAAGCUUCCGGAUGCUCCAGAUCAGCCUGGUUCAGCUGAGGGGAUCAGAGGCCCGGCUCAGCCCCGCCCAGGGCCCUCUCAGCCCCGCCCAGGACCCUCUCAGCCCCGCCCAGGCCCCUCUCAGCCCCGCCCAGGACCCUCUCAGCCCCGCCCAGGGCCCUCUCAGCCACGCCCAGGACCCUCUCAGCCCCGCCCAGGACCCUCUCAGCCCCGCCCAGGGCCCUCUCAGCCCCGCCCAGGACCCUCUCAGCCCCGCCCAGGGCCCUCUCAGCCCCGCCCAGGACCCUCUCAGCCCCGCCCAGGACCCUCUCAGCCCCGCCCAGUAUCGGUUUGCAGGCCACGUCAACCAGGCCUACCAGGAGGACGAAGCGGACUGCAUCACAGUAGAUGAGGAUGAAGGCACAAGGCUAGGCUUAACUCACGUGGUCAGUGAAGAAGGACUAAACUACCUGAUGUUUAGAGUGGACGGGCCGGGAGAGGAGACCGAUGGAACUAAACCCUGCUAGCCAAAGAGGAUAGCUUAGUGGUUAGAGCAUUGCAGAUGAAGAGGUUGCAAGUUCAUAUCCCUACCUGGUACUAUGUGUCUUGGGGUCUGCUAAUGAACACAUGAUAUGUGAUGUGAAUCCCUGCCAGAGGACUGGUAUUACUAACAAUGGGCCAGAGAUUUUUUUUUUUAUGAUUGUCAUUUAUGAUUCAGGAAUUUUGCACAGACAUGCUGUCAUGGGUUUUUUACAUGGUUUUAUUUUAUUUUUUUUGCUACGUAAAACUUAAAUCUUACAAUGAAUUAAUCAACAAUUGUCGUGGUUAUCUGUUGUUUUCUAUAGUUUAGUAAUAUUGAUACAUGAGUAUGUGUCUGUCGCUUAAAUAUCUCUCAAACUGGACACUGUUAAGUGUGAAACAUGGUGGGUGUAUGGGUCAGGACCAAAGGACGUGCGGGGAAGCACGUUGGUGAAGUUGUUUGGACUCGACAAAUAAAUAAAAGUAUAUUUGAGACAAUAUAAAAGGAGCAGAUGGUGAACAGGCAAGGAGACUGCCUAAAAUACUGAGGUCAGUAUUCUUUAGAUUUUGACAUCCGUUUUCUCAUCCUUCGUUCUGUGCUGUAGAAAUAGUGUGCAUAGGAGACAACUAACGUUAAAUCUAUGACUCAGGUUGGUCUGUUGUACAAUGUCUAUUAAUAUAAUUAUGACAAUAUCGCUGUUGGCAUUGGGUAGAAAGAAAUGAUCUA